UACCACUCUACCACUACUUCCAACAACCUCGCUCCCCUCCCACAUCGCCAAAAUGGCAGAAGUAGUACAAGCUCGCACAUCCUUUACCACACCUGGUUCACCCAGUCGCAAACGCUCCGCCUCUCCUCUCGACCAAAAUGACCAAUCCGCCACCGAACCCUCCUCAACCUCAACCGCCCUCACCAAUACCACCACCAACGAGACUUCCCUCACCUCUUCAGAACCCCCCACGAAAAAAACCAAACUCAUCCGCCGCAAACGCCGACCCGCACGUCCUCAAGUCGACGCCUCGACCUUAAAAUCCGAACCCCCACCGCAAACCGGCACCAUCUUCAACAUCUGGUACAACAAAUGGAGUGGCGGCGACCGUGAAGACGCCGCGCUAUCCAAAACCGCGGCCGUAUCACGCUGCAACAUCCGCAACGACAGCGGAUGGACCGCGGCCGACAAAACCCCCGGUUCAUUCUUCUGUCUCUUCUUCGCCCGCGGAAUCUGUCCCAAGGGCCAUGAAUGUCAAUACCUGCACCGCUUACCGGGGACAUUCGACAUUUUCAAUCCCAACGUCGACUGUUUCGGACGAGACAAACAUUCGGAUUACCGCGACGAUAUGGGUGGUGUGGGGAGUUUCACGCGUCAAAACCGGACGUUGUACGUGGGCCGGAUUCACGUCACGGACGAUAUCGAAGAAGUAGUGGCGAGACAUUUUCAGGAGUGGGGGGAAAUCGAACGCACGAGGGUUUUGACGGGGAGAGGCGUGGCCUUUGUCACGUAUGUGAAUGAAGCGAAUUCACAGUUUGCGAAAGAAGCCAUGGCGCAUCAGGCGUUGGAUAAUAAUGAGAUUCUGAAUGUUCGUUGGGCAACGGUGGAUCCUAAUCCGUUGAGUGCGAAGAGAGAGGCGGCGAGGAUUGAAGAGCAAGCGGCCGAAGCGGUGAGGAAGGCCUUGGGCGCCAGGACGGUCAGACAGAUUGAAGGGAGGGAAUCGAAGGAGGAGAAAGAGCAGAGGAAGUUGGAAAGUGGGUAUGGUUUGGAAGGCUAUGAGGCUCCAGAGGCGAUUUGGUUCAAUCAGCAGAAACAGUUGGAGUAUGAAGCGCAGAGGAAUGAUGAGAGGGCGCUGUUGGAGGAUGGGAAUCAUGAGAUGCAGGCGGCACAGAACUCGGUCCUCCCUGUGGAGGAUUCAACCACCGCCGCCACGACGCAGCAAGGAAAUGGGAUUCUUUCUUCGUCGACGCUUGCUGCGUUGAAGGGAUAUUCGGCAAAUUCGUCGACUCAGGCUGCAAGGUCAGCACCGGUAUCUGCUGGCCCGUUGGUCGGAUAUGGCAGUGAUGAUGACAGUGAUUAGACGAGUACUUGAUAGAUUUAGUCGAUCGACUUCAAGAUAUCUAAUCUUGGAACCACAGUGGGUGGAAUUAAAAAGA